CUUAUAGAAUUCAACAAGUACAGACUUGCAACAUUUCCGGUUCGACAUGGAUUUGUUGGCAAAUUAUGAUGAUGAUAAUACGCAAGAGAACUCUGUAUCUAGAAGUCCAUCUCCGUCAAAGAAAGUAGAGUCUUCUGAACAAAACAACAUGUUGGAGAAUGAAUGGCUGUCUUUUGAACAGAUGAUUUCCCAGACUGCAGAAUGCUCAAAACCAGUAGUCCAAAAUGACUUUUUAGUUGGGGGCGUCGUGGCAUAUCCAGGGAUGAGCUCAUCACAAACCAAACCAGCAAGCCCCAAACUGGAGAAACGGCUUUCAAACAGCAGUGUGAAAGAUGACAAUCCUGAAGAUAUUUCUUGUGAUCCAACUGAUGAUGCUGAAAUGCCAGCAUUGGAAGAAGAUGAUGAUGCGUUCUUCAAGUUACGCAAGCAAGUGAAGGAGCUGGACAGGUCAAGUUCCUCGUCAUCAGGGUCAAGUUCAGCCUCGAGCUCACGUUCAGGCUCCCCUGAAAAGGAAGGGUCCCCGUCUCCACCCCACCUGUCCCCACAGAUUAGCCUUCCAACAACCACAGCAAGCGCCCCACCAGAUAUUACAGAAACAGCAACUACUUCUGCAGCAACUGAAAAGACAGAAGAGAAGGCUUCAGAGAAGCAGAAGGACCACAAGACACAUCAGCAAUCCAAGUCCCGGGAGCGCAGGGACAGAAAGAGGUCACAUCGCUCAAAGCAUCACCGGUCAUCAAAAUCUAGGCGCCACAGAAGUGGUUCGAGAUCUCGGGAUAGAAGAAAGAGACAUGAUAGACACAGGCGACAUAGAUCUAAAGACCGGCGGUCAAGCAAGGAUGAGACAAAGGAAAAUAAAGAUAGGAGAGACAGUGCAAAAACAGAAGAAAGCAAUAGGAAAAACAGUACUAGUGAAAGAAAACACAGUGAAAGUAAGACUGUUGAUUCUCAAAGUGAUAAGAGACAUAGCCGAAGUAAGAGCAGAGAUCGUGAUCGAAGGAAAGAUAAGAAGGAAGGCAGGUCGAGACAUCGUAGUGGAGAGAAGAAAAGGAGAAGCCACAGUAGAGAUAGGAAGAGAAGCCAGAGUAGAGAUAGGAAGAGAAAACACCGGUCCCACAGUCGGCACAGGUCACGUAGUCCUCAUCGCAACAAGGGAAGACACUCAAGGAGCCGUAGCAGAGAGAGGUUAAGAAGCAGAAGCCCUAUUGGAGUACGCAAACUGACGUUCAAGGAACAGAUGAGGAAGCAAUUUAUAGACGCUAGCAAAGAGAUGGCAAAAGAAAAAGUUGACGAUUCAUCUACUGGGCCAGUACGACGUCCGGGGCAGUGUCUGAAACCAUCAGACUUGCUAAGGGGAGUCAAACUGAAUAGUGGGGAGUCUGUCACACCCCAGAUGGCCCUAAUGCAGACCAUGGCGGCCAUGCACAAACAGGCUCAGGAGCUGACAGGGGUUGAGGUCCCAAAGUAUUACAACCCAGCUGCAGUCAACCCCCUCAAGUAUGCAGAGCAGAUCAAGAAGAGGAAGCUUCUCUGGGCCAAGAAAGAUGAAGUAAAGGAGAAAAACGACCAGAUAGAAACACAGUGGAAGUCAGCGUUUAUUGAAGAAGAUGAUGGAAAGACGGCUUCAAAGUUCCGUAAGCUGAUGGGUAUAAAGGGUCAAGCAGCGGAGGGUGGGGAGGAGCUCACCGAGGACAUACAAAAACUGUCUGAGGAACAGAGACGUAAACACCAGGAACUGUUUGACCGUCUUGACCAGGAGUAUUCCUUUGCUCGGAUGACUACUCACACACAGCGGGGUGUGGGGCUUGGUUUCUCGUCAGCUAUUAUAGAUCCAAAUCAUCCAAGUGUGAAACCUCCAUGAACUCUGAUCUCGAUGUUGAAUGAUACUUUAUAUGCAUGUCAUUUUGUUGAAGAAUGUUAUAUUACCCAGGAUAUUGAAUAAUGUCACGUGACUGUUUGUUCUCAGCAUGUACAAAGUUGUCAAUAAUCAUUCAUAAAACUAGGUUUUUAGCCAGGUUUUAAGAAGAGGGUUCAGCAAAAGUGGGACAGGGUGCUUAGAGAGGAAAAAACAUGUUUCGGACUGUGAGGAUUUUGAACAUUAUGAAUUUGACUGAAAAUGGAAGGGAUUGUUUUUUUAAUAACUGGACUUUGAAGUACUACCCUACUACCAGUAUGGAGUAUGUUAAGUUUGAAUUUAAUUAUAAUCAUAAGUUUUAAUCAAAUAAAAAAAAAAUAUGUGACAAGAACAUGCUUGUCUACAUGAGAACAGAAGGGUGCUUUCGAAAACAGGACAUGGUGCAGCACCCUUCCAUAAUUCUAUAACUAAUAGUCUAAUAUCCUAAUUAAAUAUUGGCUGUUCUAACGAGCUAUGUGAUAAAUAUAUUUUUCAUCAUCUCACUGCAUCUGUUCAUAAUGUAUAUUCGUCCCAUGCUUCUGUGUGAUUGUAUGAUGUGGGAACUGUAAACGUUGAAUAAAUUAUGAUAAAGG